AUUCUUAAUAAAAGCCAUAUCCUGUAAGAUUCGAAGGAAAAGUCUCGUGAUGGACAACCGUAUAAUUGCUGGUAUUUUAGCUGUAGUUUUUGUAAGUAUUGUUGCACAUCCUGGUAGACCUGCCUUUAAAGACAGUCCACAGGCACGAGUUAUAUUUGCAGCAGCUGAACGAAAUCGGACAAAUGAUGGAUAUAUCACGCCAGAUGAAUUUAGGGACAUCUUUGCCACGUUUGAUACCAACAGUGAUGGCGAGGUCACUGAAGUGGAGUUCUUAUAUAUUUGGAAGGAUCGACAACUAGGAGACUUAUCAGCAGCAUCUAGUUUGUUCCAUCACAUUGAUACAGAUAGAGACAAUUUAGUGACAGAGAUUCCAGAUAUGUCUAGAAUAUUCUACUACUUCGACACAAAUCAGGAUGGAAAGAUUAGCCUGGUCGAAUUUGUCAUCGUUUGGAUCAGUCUGUCUCAGUGACAUUAUCAAAUCAAUACCAAACAACAUUUAUUUUGUUCUGCUAUCUUAUUAUUAUUGUAUUUCAUUCAAAUCUGAUAUUGAAAAUAUGCAAUAAAUCAAGC